AUAAAUUUGCCGACGAACGUGAAAGAACUCGAAAAGCCGUUUGCCAUCGAACGCAACACAUUGCGACCACCUCCGAUACAUCCUUAUAUGGCAAAAGUGCGGGACGAAGAGGAAAAUUAGGUUGAGUGGGGGAGUGAAGUGGCGACCCUGGCUACCGGCUUGUCUCGUGAUGUCAUAACGACCCUGGGCAGAGUGCCAAGGUCAUUUCUACGUCAUCGGCAGGUGGCAUUUAUAAAACGGAUUACGGAGAAAUCGGACAAAUUCCAAAUGUCUGCGAUUCACGCUCAGUUGUCGCCCGCUUAUAAACUUCCUCUUACCAAAAGUUAUCAGGAACAUCAAUUGGAGAAAGUGUUUCAGGAAAAUAAGAAUGUUCAUCCUACUGACCUCGUGAUAUUAGCGGCCGAAGUCGGAUUAAGCCCUAGAGAAGUCAAGACAUGGUUUGAACAUCGACUGGCACGCUGGAGACAGUCCCAGGGUCUUCCCGCCAAUGGAAAAAAUGUGUACGAAUAAAAUCGCACAUAUCACAAGUUUCGGAAAAUCGAGACUUUUUAUGUCAUCCCAUAAUUUCAGCUAUUUCUAAACUGUAUAUUUUGUAAAUAAAAUUAUCAUUGAAAAUCG